UCCUCCGAUUCUCAUCGUCUGUCAGCCAUGUUCCGAUCCUUCGUCCUUUCUCCCAAGUCUGUCACCGUUGCAUGGGCAGACCACCCAGAGUACUGGAAGGUGUCUUCCAUGCACAACUCCCGGUUCUCACAGAAAGCAGAGCUUUUACAAGUCUGCUGGCUGCAAAUCCAGGGCACGUUUGAUACGGCAAUACUCGAGAAAGAUACCACAUACUCACUCCUCUAUUUCUUCAAGCACAAUGAUAAAGCAUCAGGUUUAGAAAACGGAGCGGAGGUUUCUCUCUCACUGAAAGAUGGGAAGACGAUCUGCAAACGCCAAGUGCAUCUGAAACCCGGCAGCUCCGACUUCAUAAAACAGGAUGGAGAAGAAUGGCUUGCAAUUGAGGCGGGGACGUUUCAGCCAUCUGGCAUUACUCGCGAUAUCAGUUUUAAUCUGCUGGAUUGCAGCAGUAACUGGAAGAGUGGUCUCGUGUUUGCUGGAGUAGAGAUUCGUGCUGUCUCGACUUGAUCUUAUGCUUCGACGAACAAGUGGUUCCCAAAACGUGCUCCAUCGUCAACACAUCUUUGGAUUGGGAGUCCUAUAGUGCCCAUUUGUGUUUAUCUACCGGUUUAUUCCGUAUUGUGUUUGUCUUAUGGUGAUAAAGGGGGGAUGUGUCGAUCCACAUUGUAUUUGAUUUGUGUAUUUUAUAUUGUUGUGGAUUCCAAAAUU